AUGCAGCUGUUUUCGGCUCACCGUGACAAUGUUAUCAUGCCAGCGCAAACAAUCCGAGCGCUGCCUCCCGAUCCAACUAUGCCUUAUGGAACUUUGGAUACCGUCCUCGCGCAAGACUGGCAACAUGACUCGAGUGCUGGAACUCGCCCGGCACAAGUUCGAUUAAUAUUCAAGAUUAAACCGCCCCACGGACAAGCUCUUCCUCUCCUCUGCAGCCACAUCUCAUCUACACUCAGAGUUUCCAAGCAGUCAAGCGCUGAAAUGAAAAAGGGUGAAAAGAGCAAAGAUGUGGAAAACUGUAAGAGGGGAAGGAACGUGAUUGGACCAAGGGGGGACAAAAUGGAAAGCUGUGAAUGGAAGAACGUGUAUACUGAUUGUGAGCCCAACACGUCAAACGCCCAUCGCCAAACGUCGGAACCACCCCCUGACACCCUCCCUUCCCGGUUCCACAGCUCAGCCCUCAGCCUUCAAUCACGGGUUGCGAUUGCGUUUAGACGAUCUGUCACCAUUGGAUUUGGUGGGAAUUCAAGGGUGUGGGGGAGGCAGUGUGCGCGUGUCGAGUACGGAAACUUGGUGUAA